AUGUCUGGAAAGAUGACGAAAUCGGACGCCUCCCGCAUCCAGAGCGCCCAGGCACAAGGCGGCAAAGACAUGUCGUCCGGUGGCUUCGCUGCCAGGGCCCAGAGCGCGGGGGACCGAAACGCCAACGCCAACGCCGGCGGAGGAGCCCAGCAGCAGGGCGGUCAGCAGCAGCAGGGCGGAAAGAAGUAA